UCCUGCUGAGGAACAGGCCUGGCGGUGCUGGGUUGUAGUUUGGCUGAGGGACGGGCCCGGCGAAGAAGGGAACGCUGACAAAUCUAUAGUUCAUUGUGGAAUGUCAGCAAAACUGAGUGAAUAUCUACAAGGAAUUUAUGGAGUAGAUCUCUGAAGUUAUGUGGAUCACCCCAAAACUGCACAUUGUGCUUCAAGCAAGCCAAAUCUUGAAAUCCCAGGGGUACUGUAUGGUAGUUCAAGCCUGGAUGUGUUAGUCUCUCAAAAUGAAUUGCUUUAUAGGUCCAUACCUUGGGUGGCUGACCCUUGCUGCUGACUGGCUACAUCUCCCUCAUGCCGCUUGGACUAGGCCGUCGGAAGAAGGCCCCGCCGCUGGUGGAGAAUGAGGAAGCCGAGCCCAUUCGCAGUGGCCUGGGUGGGGUGGGAGUAGGCAGCAUUGGUGGGGUGGCAGCACUUCAGCCUGGCCUUCCCCCACCCCCUGCCAGUCUCCGCCCUCGCUUGGUAUUCCACACCCAGCUGGCCCACGGAAGUCCCACUGGCCGGAUUGAGGGCUUUACCAACGUCAAGGAACUGUACAGCAAAAUUGCCGACGCCUUUAAAAUCUCACCAGCUGAGGUGAUGUUCUGCACCUUAAAUACCCACAAAGUGGACAUGGAGAAGCUGUUGGGUGGCCAGAUUGGCCUAGAGGAUUUCAUAUUUGCCCACACAAAGGGUCAGAGGAAGGAGGUUGAAGUGUUCAAGUCUGAGGAAGCACUGGGCCUGACCAUCACAGACAACGGUGCUGGCUAUGCUUUCAUCAAGAGAAUCAAGGAAGGAAGUGUUAUUGACCGGAUCAAAGUCAUCAACGUGGGGGACAUGAUCGAGUCUAUCAACGGUCAGAGUCUCAUUGGAUGUCGGCAUUAUGAGGUCGCAAAAAUGCUGAAGGACUUGCCCAAAGGCCGCACUUUCACACUGAAGCUCACUGAGCCCCGGAAGGCUUUUGAUAUGAUCAGCCAGCGGUCUGCAGGAGGCAAACACGGUGGGAGCGCCCAGCUUGGCACAGGAAGGGGCACUCUGCGGCUGCGGGCCAAGGGGCCAGCCACUGUGGAGGAACAGCCGUCCGCAUUUGAGGAAAAGGCCAUUGAGAAGGUCGAUGAUCUUCUGGAGAGCUACAUGGGCAUCCGGGACACAGAGCUAGCGGCUACCAUGGUGGAGCUGGGAAAGGACAAGCAGAAUCCUGAUGAAUUUGCUGAGGCCCUGGAUGAGCAGCUGGGUGACUUUGCCUUCCCUGAUGAGUUUGUAUUUGAUGUCUGGGGAGCGAUUGGCGAUGCCAAGGUUGGGCGCUACUAGGACUCUGUGCUCUGCUGGACCCUGCAGGCAGGACUACUGGGCAGGCCACUGGUGGGCCUGGCACACCACUGUGCCCUGCCUUUGAUGCUGGGCCACCCACUUCCUCUCUAUAGGGGCUGGAGACGCCCUAAAGCAAUAAGUAACCUGUAUUAAUGACUGGAGUGUAAUGUGAACGGGGGCCAGAAUCUCUGCAGCUGCUGCUGCUUGCCCACUUCUUUGUGCACGAGACUCCCUUAGACCUGGUCCUAGUCAGCUAGGAGUCCAUGUUGUCACUUGUCCUUGUCUGAUCUAGCUUCUGCCUCUUGGCUCAUACUGUUUGCUGUUCUCAGGGAGGUGCAGCUGCUGGUUUCCAGACCUGUCCUUGAAUGAAGGAGAGCAUAACAGGACUCUCGGUUCAAGCUGAAGAGGGUAACAAAUUGGCCUGGGUAUCCUGAUAGGCAGUUAUUCUGGGGAACCUCAGAGGCAUUCAUCAGAGAGAGGGAUGAGGUUGGGGGGGCUAAGCUGGGCUUUGGCAGCCCUAAUGCAACCCUUUCGGGGAGGGGCUAGGGUGCAACAAAAGCUCCUAGCUGUGCAUAUCUGUUCUGGGUAGGCUAAGAGUACAACCCCCACCUCUUCUCCCAGCAUGAACAUCCUCUGCUGGUCCACCUCCAAUCCAUUUUGGUACGAUAUGCAUUGGGAAGUCCUUUCCCUUGCAGUGGGCCUCAUUCCAUUGCCUUUCUAGUGCGUGCUCUCUCUCUCUGCGUUUGCUUGAUCAUUGUAGCUUGGCUUUAGACAGUAAAUGAAAGGGAGGCAGUCCUGAUCCUCCUCAGAAGUACAGGGUAAAGAAGCUGGAGGAGGAAAUACACACUCUCUUCCUCAGUGCCCCCCUGUUUCCUAGAGAGAUCCCCUCCUUUCUGCAUUAGAUCAGUGUGGUUGGCCACCAGCUCUACUCCAGAGAUUCCAGCUAAAUUGCAGCCCCUGGCCCUGCCCUGCAUAGCAAAGCUUGUGAUUUUACUCCUGCCUCUGCUUCCCUGCCCUGUCAGCCACUGUUGCGCUUGAGCCCGAGCCCGUUUUGAUGAGUGGGCUCAAACUUCUUUUAGAUGAGCAUGGCUGGGAGUCACGGUUAACAACUGCAUAUGGCAGCUGAGACAUAAGGCUAUAUAUCUGGCUGCAGCCACUCUCCCUCUCCCUGAAUGGGUCUGGCUUGUCCUGCCACGUGUAUGGCAUCCCACCUAAUCACUUUCCUAGAGCUAAGCAUGGGUUCAACCCCUCCUUUUUAAAAAAAAAAUACACCUGGGUUUCUUGUCCCUCAUGCUGUGUGGCUAGUACAAAGGCUGUCCCACGUGUUGCUCAGUGGGGAGGAGCUGUUGCUGAGCCUGUCACACCAGUGGCAUUUCCCCCCAUUACUGCAGGGGAUAUUCCCUUACUGGACUGGUUCUAAGGAGUUCCUCUGCUCAAAGUGCUGCUGCUUGGCACUUGGGGCCUUCUUGAAGAGCAAAGGCAGCAGCAGGUUCCCUUUGCCGUCUAGGUUUGGACAUGUCCUUGGUUAAUAUCUGUCUUUGACUCAUCUGUCCACUUUGUUAUACUGACCUACCUCCCAGGGCGGCCCAGUUAAUGCCUGUACAGUUCCCUCUCUUAAAUUAUUUAUAGUCUCUCACUGACACCCCCCCAAAAAUGCUGGGCCUCUUCCUUGUACUGUAUCUCAAUACUGUUGUUCAGGCACUGUCUGGUCACCCCAAGAGCUGAGAAGAUUCCCCUUGAAUUACACAUCACAGCCCCAAUUCACCUACUGUAUCUCUCUAAGACACUAACCCUAGAUAGGAUGUGGGGCCUAGUUUCCCUUUGGACUCACGCCUCAUGCUUGAGAGUGGGGGAGGUUUCUACCAAGCCUUGCUACCUUCCUGUGUCCUGGCAUUGGAAGCCCCUUGGGUAGACCCAGGCACCAUAUCCUCCUUGGGCAUAUUUUUGUAUUCUAUGUGUAAAGCAUCUUUAAGAUAAAAUAUAUUGACACUACCAAA